AUGGCCGAAUCAUCAUCACCAUCACCAGAUGUUGAAGAGCCAGUGCAGCUACCCACCGCAGAGCUUGUGAGAGUUGACGAGCACAUAUCUCUUCUCCCCCCGCUCUCGCGGCGAGGAUAUGGGCCCGGGCUGAUCAUCAUCCUGCCGGAAGAGACACCGGCUUACGCGCAGGGCGGCGUGGUCUGCGAAGACGGCGUGCCGCCUCCUCUGCUCAAAUGGGCCGAGGAAGGCUUUGCCACGGUGGAGAUCCGCGAAGCCGCAUUCACACGCUCUGGAUCAGUGCAAAGCGUGCUCGGUCGCGCAGUGGCCGCUCUGGGAGCGUGUGAGCGGUGCCGCGAGGAGGGAGGGAUCGGGGUGAUUGUCUUCGACUCUUCGAUCUGGAGCAAAUAUCUGAACAGAGCCGUGCUCGACCCCAAAGUAAAAGCCGUCGUGGUCUACGGAUCACGGGACACAGCCUCCGCCUCCACCUCGGCGAUUGAGACAUCAGUUCCUUGUCUGCAGCAUCUCGCUGGAGCGGGCCAAGGCGAAGCAACAGACAAGGAACCGACGCCCGGCCGGACGGAUGAUCAUGGGUCCAAAAUCUACACCUAUCCGACAGCGAAGUCGGGGCGAUUCGCCCUCCCACGCCUGCAGGAAUUCGAUGGUGUGAACGAGUCGAUUUCGCAUACUCGAAACCUCGGCUUCCUCAAGAAGUACAUCCGCGGCGCCGACUUCGACAUAGAGGCAGUCUGGGAAGAGCACACCUACUUCGAAUUCGCGGCGCGCUCGGUUCCCAAGACCAUGGGCACCAUGGUGCAGGAGCCCUAUGUCAAUCACAUACCUACGAUGACCGGUGGCAUCGGACGAGAGCGACUGACCAAUUUCUACCGAUACCAUUUCAUCUUCAACAACCCCGACGACACCGAACUGGUCACGGUGAGUCGGACAAUUGGCAUUGAUCGCAUCUGCGAUGAGUUCAUUUUCAAGUUCACCCAUGAUAGGGAGAUUGACUGGCUGAUCCCCGGAAUCCCUCCUACAGGACGAAAGGUCGAGGUGCCCUUCACGUCGGUGGUCUGCGUGCGUGGCGACCGCUUAUACCAUGAGCAUAUUGCCUGGGACCAGGCGUCGGUGCUCGUCCAGUUGGGCCUGAUGCCCGAGUAUCUCCCGUUUCCGUAUCCCCUUCCGGAUGGAACCAGACCGGGGGCCGGGAAGAGAUUCGAAUACCGCGUCCCGACGGCUGGGAUCGAGACGUCGCUCAAAAUGCUCGAUAGGAAUGGUGUGUCUUCGAACAGCAUGUUGGGAUUCAAGAUUCGAGAGGUCGACUUGUAA